UCAGAGCUCGAUUAGCAGGGCUGGAGAAGCAGCUCAGCGCUCGGUUCUUUCUGCCUCUGUUCAGCGUGGCGUUAGCUCGGUGUGCAGCACCGAGGGUCCUCCAGUUCGGUUAGCCGCAUUCUCUUGGGUUGAAGAUGGCGAGUGAGUCGGUGAAGCUGUCCAAAAACCUGCUGCGGAUGAAGUUCAUGCAGAGACGUCUGGACGCAGAGACGAAGAAGCAGCUGGAGGAGGACGAGCGGAGGAUCAUCAGUGAUGAGCACUGGUACCUGGACCUGCCUGAGCUCAAGGCUAAAGAGAACCUGAUCAUCGAGGAGAGGAGUUUCGUUCCCUGUGAGGAUCUGAAGUAUGGCCGACUCUCCUUCAGAGGCUUCAAUCCUGAAGUCGAGAAGCUGAUGGCUCUGAUGAACCCUAGAGAGGAAGAGGAGGAGGAAGAGGAGGACCUGAGCCAGAUGCAGACAGACAUCACAGAUGAAGAAAUGGCUCUGAGGUACGAGAGUUUAGUUGGAAGCAUGAAGAAGAAGUUUGCGACAAAGCGAGAGCGAGCGGCGCAGGAGGCAGAUGAGAACCAGAAGGAGGUGAAGAGAGCGUUCGUGAAGCCUCAGGACUGAAGACGCUCGCGCUCCAGCUGUUUUUAGACGUGAGGCUGCCGUGGAGCAGCGGCUGUCUGGAUGUUAUACAUCCUGCUUUUAUGAGACAAGGAGGACAUGAGCAGCCUCAGAGCUCCUGAGAGCUGCGUGUUUGUUACCUGUUUGUUUUUUAAUUCUGUGUCUGACUCACCUGAGGUGUGUUUAAAGCCACGCCUCCUCCACUUGUUUGCUCGUCAUGAGGAGGUGAAGGUUGGUUCAGACCUCUGAAGAUGUAAAACACGGACUGUAAAUAAAAGAUGGAGGCUCGCGGA